AUGUCAGGGUUCUCUCUCAGCUUGAAAAGUCGGGAACCUGGUAAGAAGAGUAUUAAAAGAGACGGCAAGAAGAAGAGAUCAAAUGUCUUCGACGACGCUGAUGUGGGAACAGCAAAGAAAGCCAAGAUACGGCUAACUCAUGUCGAUGAGUAUAAACAACCCGAGAAGAAAAAGCUGGUGAUCAAGCCAAUUGGAGUUAAAAGCUCCUCACAGAAAACUUUGACGGACGCUACAACUGAGAAAACCAACGAUUUGAAGUUUGGACUAAAUACAAGAGAUGCCAUUCAAACCGAUACACCGAAUGCUCGAAUACUCAACAAAGCAUCAGCGGUUUCUGAUGAGCUGCACGAAGCUACAGAACAGCAGGAAUACGAAGAGGUUCCUAUCGAAGAUUUUGGUGAUGCAUUGCUCAGAGGGAUGGGCUGGAAUGGGGAGGAUGACAGCGCCAAGACAUCUGAUAAUAGUACCGUUGAAAAGUCGACUACGGUGAACUCGGUCGCAAAAUUCCGUCCUGCAUUGCUAGGAUUGGGAGCCAAGGCAGGCCGGGGGUCAGAGACAAAGGAAACUGUUGGUUUACCAACGUUUUUGCCAGUAACAAAAGUGAACAAGAAAACUGGCGAAAGGCUUGCAAACGAUUGA